AAUGCAGAUUUAUAUUCAAUUUUAUGCAGUGAAAGACUGCAGUGGGGAAGUGUAGAAUAAUCAGUGUCAUAAUCCUAAUAAUGAAUACUACUUUGAUUUGUAGUUUCACAGGCUUGCUAGAGACAAAUAGUUAAUUUAUGCUUUCUUCUUGAUGAAAUUUUAUAUUUUUCUUUAAGCAAUUUUUCCUUAUGCUAGAGAGAAUCUAAGUGACUUGAAAAGGUUCAUGUUCAGAUGAUUUAUUUUUUUUAAAUUAGGCAAGCUCCCCUUGACUUUGCUGCAUGUCACACAAUAUGAGGAUAGAGCUGGAAUUUUCUUUAGUAGUUGUUUAUACUACAUUAGGUUAAUGGCUGGCACUAUAAAAGUUGGUAAAGUAAUGCCUAAUUUUCAUAUCCUUUCAUGUGGCUCUGCAAAAUGAGAUAUUCCUGCCAUAAAUGGAAGAUGAAAGGGUUUCCGCUCAUAAAGAACCAGGGAAAGUUAAAUCUGUUGUGCACGGAGAUGAAACUUGACUAGGUGUGUAAAAGUUGGAUUUACAGUGCUAAUGAGUGCUUAUCCUAAAUUAAACGUGGCCUGGGGUGUGCAGUGUGGCUUUCUGCCCCUGAAAAGCUAGCCUGUGUUUGUUAAUUACCCAUCACACUUACAGGAUGAACCAGAGCUUCUUUUUCUACAUAGGGUGCAAGACUGAACAGACUCUUUGUAAUUCCUGAGUUUUACUUGAUCUCUGCUUCCCCUGGGGCAUCUGCAUCUAAGUCCUGGAAAACAAGAGAUGUGUGCUUUAGAAAAAUAAAACUACAAGCAGUGUUUCCUUGUAGAUGUUCAUAUUUUUGCAAUCACUGUACCUUGUUUCUCUCCACAUAAUCUCAUAUUUAAUGAUUUGUAAUUUAGAGUGCUACAGCUGACGAGGUCCUUGCUUUGUGAAUCAUUGUAAGAAUCACAGGCUGAGAAGUCUUCUGAAUCACUGCCUAAAAUUCAAAAAAUAAGUUAAAAGGGUCUGAAAUAUGGGAGGCUUUGGCUAAUGUGCUCAGGUAAUUAUUUGGCUUUCAGCACUGUAAUUUCAGAGCCUUUUGCUGCCAUUAAUACUACUGCAAUUUGAGGAAGUACUUUUCACCCCCAGGAGAGUGAGGAUUGAGUUAAAGAUUAGGUUUCAGCCCUGUCUGCAAGCUUUGAAUGUAAUUUUCUGGUGGCGCUUAUUUUCAGACCAAGAAUUGUUGGCUUUUUUUUCUUUAAUGAUGUUCUCCAUGUCCUUGUUCACAGUGUUAUGGGAACAGUGCAGCAUAAUAGGAAUGGGAUGAGAAUUUGAGCAGCUCUAGUACGACACUGCUUUAACUAUUGCACCAACCAGUACAAACAAUAAUCCCAGGAUGCUAUGUUAAAUUAAGAGGAUAUCACAAAAAAGUCAAGGAGAACUGAUAGACAAAAGAACCGUGCCUGAAUGGAGCUUAAAGGGCCACAGAUGAAAGAAAGAACAUGAACAUUUCUGAAGGUGUGAGAUGUGGCUGGCAGUGACCUCCUUACCUCAGUAAUAAAGAAGAGUUUUUCUACAGUAGCUUAGGAUAUCUUUACUUCAGCUUCUUAAUAUCCUAACUGGAAUGGUGCUCUGACAACAAUUCCCCAUAAUAAAGCACUUACCCUACUAGAGAACAGUAUUUCUUUCUCUGCUGAUAAUGUAACUCAAUGGCGGAAAAGGAUGUUUUGAUAAGCAUGCCUGAAGAUCGCUCCUUUCACGUGCGAUACAGGAUGGAGGCUUCCUGCCUGGAGCUGGCUCUGGAGGGCGAGCGCCUGUGCAAGGCAGGAGAUUGCCGGGCUGGCGUGUCUUUCUUUGAAGCUGCUGUGCAGGUUGGAACUGAAGAUUUACGAACCCUGAGUGCUAUUUACAGCCAGCUGGGCAAUGCCUAUUUCUACCUGCAGGAAUAUGCAAAGGCCUUGGAAUAUCAUCACCACGAUUUAACUCUUGCAAGGACAAUUGGAGAUCAACUGGGAGAAGCUAAAGCCAGUGGGAACCUGGGCAACACCUUAAAGGUACUUGGGAAUUUUGAAGAAGCUAUUGUUUGCUGUCAGAGACAUCUGGAUAUUUCCAGAGAACUUAAUGAUAAGGUUGGAGAAGCAAGAGCACUGUAUAAUCUGGGAAAUGUAUAUCACUCCAAAGGGAAAAAUGUAGCUAAUGCUGGAACCCAUGAUCCAGGGGAACUUCCAGAUGAUGUGAAAAAUGCUUUACAGAAAGCUGCAAAGUAUUAUGAGGAAAACCUGUCAAUAGUAAAAGAGCUGGGUGACAGAGCAGCACAAGGACGUGCCUAUGGAAAUCUGGGAAACACACACUAUCUUCUGGGCAACUUCAGGAGUGCAGUUUUAGCCCAUGAACAGCGUCUCCUCAUUGCAAAAGAAUUUGGUGAUAGAUCAGCAGAAAGAAGAGCAUACAGCAACCUUGGAAAUGCCUACAUAUUCCUGGGGGAAUUUGAAACUGCUGCUGAGUACUACAGGAGGACACUGCAGCUGGCUCGGCAGUUGAAGGACAGAGCUGUGGAAGCACAGGCCUGCUACAGCCUGGGGAACACCUACACUCUGCUCCAGGACUAUGAGAGAGCCAUUGACUAUCAUCUCAAACACCUUGUGAUUGCUCAGGAGCUACAUGACAAAAUUGGGGAAGGAAGAGCAUGCUGGAGUUUAGGGAAUGCUUAUACUGCUCUGGGAAAUCAUGACCAAGCCAUCCAUUUCGCAGAAAGGCACCUGGAGAUUUCAAGAGAGGUAGGAGACAGAAGUGGAGAACUCACUGCCAGACUGAAUCUCUCAGAUCUUCAAAUGGUUCUUGGAUUAAGCUACAGCACAAACAACUCCAUGAUGGCAGAAAGCCACGCAGUGGAAAACAGUUUGAAUGGUGGCAGACCAAGAGGACGCCGUUACAGUAUGGAGAACAUGGAACUUAUGAAAUUAACACCAGAAAAGGUUCCAAACUGGAACAGUGAGAUUCUUGUUAAACAGAAACCACUGGUUGCCAAAACUUCAGCAAAACUUCAUUUUGUAAAUCGACUAAAAGGCAAAAAGUACAAAAACGGCACCACCUCCAAAGUUUUGCAGGAUGCCAGUAAUUCCAUUGAUCAUCGACUUCCAAACUCUCAGAGGAAAAGCAGCCGUGAGACCAUGGCAGAUGAAGGGUUCUUUGAUCUGCUGAGUCGGUUCCAGAGUAACAGGAUGGAUGAUCAGAGGUGCUGCUUCCAGGAGAAGAACAGACUCCCAGCUCCUUCAGUGGCAACAUCCUCUACGCCACCUAAAACGAUGAUAAAAUCCUUUUCCACGUCGGCGGUGUCCCCGCACACGGACGAGUUCCUGGAGCUGCUGGCGAGCUCGCAGAGCCGGCGCCUGGACGAGCAGCGCGCCAGCCUGAGCCAGCUGCCCGGCCUGAGGCAGAGCCAGAGCCAGAGCCAGAGCCAGCUGCCCGGCCUGAGGCAGAGCCAGAGCCAGAGCCAGAGCCAGCUGCCCGGCCUGAGGCAGAGCCAGAGCCAGAGCCAGCUGCCCGGCCUGAGGCAGAGCCAGCGCCACAGCCGUGCCCUGCUGAGCCAGCUCGGGGCCAGCACCAACGGCGACCUGGAUGACGACUUCUUUGACAUAUUGAUCAAAUGCCAGGGCUCCAGACUGGAUGAUCAGAGAUGUGCUCCUCCAGGAGCUGCCAAAGGCCCCACUGUACCAGAUGAGGAUUUUUUCAGCCUGAUUUUGCGCUCACAAGCCAAGAGAAUGGAUGAGCAGAGAGUCCACCUACCCUCAGCUGUAAAGGGACCCAAUCCCAGCUGAAGACCCCAGCAGUAUGUACAGCAGCAUCCUAGGGAUCAUUCUGGUUUGCUGGAAAAGCACACUUGCCUUUUUUAAGAUGACUACAGGCAGUAGCUGUGUCUCCUUUCUCCUGAUGUUUCACAGGAAUAGCAGCAGCAUCACACUGGUGAGCAGUAAUUACAAGAGCAGUGUCUGAGGUACUGGUACUGUGUCCCCCUCUUAGUUGCCUCUAGUCUAUCAAAAUGAUUACGACUUUUUUUUUCUGUCAGUUCUCUCAUUGCUCAUUAGUGGAUUCUACCACGGUCUCAAUCUAAUGAAAGACUUCAAUUUUUAUGUUCUUUUUAAAGAAAAUUUGAUUUUUUUUCCCCUGAUUUGUACUUCCUGAAAAAAGUUCUGUUUUCUUUUAUACUUUUUUAAAAAAAUAAUUUUAAAAAGAGAAGAAAUUGCUUUAGUAUUUAGUCUCUUUGCAGGAACAAUUUAUAUAAAAAAUUAAACCGUAGUUUUAAUUCUGUUUAAUAAAAAAUAGUUUUUUCAAGCA